CGAAGCGUCUAAUCUGCUACAAUCCGAAGAAGAAGAAGAAGAAGCAUCGCGGUGCCUGUAUUUCACUCGGAGCAACAGAGACUUAGUUUAUUAUUAUUGUUGUAACGAGUCUAAAUCAUAGAGCGUAGAUAAAUAUUUAUAAAAAGGUCUAAAUGGCUCAUUUAACACAGAAUCCCGCCGACAAGUUGAGGUUUGUCUGUCUCUACCCAGUUUACAUCAACAAUAAGAAGACGCUGGCUGAGGGACGCAGGAUCCCCACAGAGAAGGCUGUGGAGAACCCGUCCUGUGCUGAGAUCAGAGACGUCCUGACGGCUGCUGGCAUGAACGUCUACGUGGAGAACAAAAUGCAUCCCCGGGAGUGGAACCGGGACGUCCAGUUCAGAGGUCGUGUCAGAGUUCAACUGAAGCAGGAAGAUGGCCGUCUAUGUCAGGACAAAUUCAGCUCCCGUAAAGAUGUGAUGUUUUACGUUGCGGAGAUGAUCCCUAAAUUAAAGACUCGGACCCAGAAGAGUGGUGGAGGAGAGAGCAGCUCUCAGCAGGGAGAGGGAGGGAAGAAGAGCAAGAAAAAGAAGAAAUAGACCCAGAAUAUGACUGUACACCACAUUUUUACUUUAGAAACUCCCAGGUUUGUUGCUUUGAGUUCAUUGAUUUUUGAUGGUUUGGAUAAUUCUGAACUCGAGCUCGUUUGAAAAGUGAAAUCAAACGGUGGCGAACAGUCGACUGAAGAAAACUACAGACAGAUAAUCAACCAGUUUCAACAGGAAACUCCUUUUAGUCACAGAUUUCAAAGAGGGGCUGGGAUAUACAUCUGUGUUUGUGUUUAACCCCCCCCCCAUCUCCAUAUUUUAUUAAAGUCUCUGGAUCUUGCAAGAGAAGAUAAAUAAAAAGUUGAAAGUUUCUCACUUUUUCUUGUUUUGAGAUAAUUGAAGAAACUGUGUGAGGAUUGUGUUGUGUCUGUGGCAGUAAAUCCGUUUAACCUCAUCCUGUAAAUAAAGUCAUUAAUAAAAUUACCUUUACAUUAAUGAAAUGCUGCAUUAAUGUCGACACUAAUGUGUCUGUUAUAAUUCAGUUAUAUCAAAUUAAAGUUCUGACACAUGAA